UUUCCAACCUCAGGCUUCGCAAAACUUAAUCCGUCUACGGCAUACGAAGAAGAGCAGCUCCCAUUCUAUAAAGCGGAAUGCUUCUAUCCCGUCCGCAUCGGCGAGGUUUUCGCGUCCAGAUACCAGGUCGUCGUGAAGCUCGGAUACGGCACCUCAUCGACUGUCUGGCUUUGUCGGGAU